UGCAGGGUGGAGGCUUCCUGAUCCCAGGGCUGAAGGAUGGCGGCCUUUGCCCGCCUGCUGGAAUGUCUCCUUUGGUCAGCUCGCAAAGAACAGGAGGCAGAAGAGGAGGAGGAGGAGGGACGGAGGACUCACGACCGGCCUCGGUCGCUCCUGGACGCACCGCGAUGCUUCCAGCGGCCACACGGGGGUGCGGCCGCGUCUUGGGGACUGCGCUUUGGGGCGAGCGCUGUGCAGGGCUGGCGCGCGCACAUGGAGGACGCGCAUUGCGCUUGGCUCGCUCUGCCCGGGCUACCCCCAGGCUGGGCUUUCUUCGCGGUCCUCGAUGGCCACGGCGGGGCGCGAGCCGCCCUCUUCGGCGCGCGCCACCUGCCUGGCCACGUGUUUGAGGCGCUGGGCACCGCGCCCGACGAGCCCGAGGGAGUGCGCGGGGCGCUGCGUCGAGCCUUCCUGAACGCAGACGCACGCCUGCGUGCGCUCUGGCCUCGUGGCGAGCCGGGGGGCUCCACCGCCGUGGCGUUGCUCGUCUCCCCGCGUUUUCUGUACCUGGCGCACUGUGGUGACUCCCGAGCGAUGCUGAGUCGCGCCGGCGCUGUGGCCUUCAGCACCGAGGACCAUCGGCCUCUCCGGCCUCGGGAACGCGAGCGCAUCCACAACGCGGGAGGCACCAUCCGCCGCCGGCGCCUCGAAGGCUCUCUGGCGGUAUCCCGGGCCCUGGGCGAUUUUGCUUACAAAGAGGCUCCGGGAAGGCCCCCUGAGCUGCAGCUCGUUUCCGCGGAGCCUGAGGUGACCGCCCUGGCUCGCCAGGCUGAGGACGAGUUCAUGCUAUUGGCCUCUGACGGUGUGUGGGACGCGAUGUCUGGCGCUGCCCUGGCGAGACUGGUGGCAUCGCGCCUCUGCCUGGGCCUGGCCCCGGAACUUCUCUGCGCGCAGCUAUUGGACACGUGUCUCUGCAAGGGCAGCUUGGACAACAUGACCUGCGUCCUGGUCUGCUUCCCCGGGGCCCCCAGGCCUUGUGAGGAGGCAAUCAGGAAGGAGCUAGCGCUGGACGCAGCCCUGGGCCGCAGGGUCUCUGAGCUGUAUUCCUCUGCUCAGGAGCCCCCCAGCCUGAACACGGUUUUCAGGACUCUGGCCUCAGAGGACAUCCCAGAUUUACCUCCUGGGGGAGGGCUCUACUGCAAGGUCGCUGUCAUUGCUGAAGCUUAUUCUCGGCUCUGCCAGGCCUCAGGAGGGCGCUGGCAGAAGGGCCCAAAUGGGGCCAGAAAACCCACUGGCACCCAUUCAAACUCUUCCUUGGACUUGGAGGCCUGACAGCUGUUGCCCUCUGGGGACCCUCUGCCACUUGGGGCCUCAAGGUCACUAAGGAAGAAAACUCCCCUUCCCCAGCUACACAGAUCGGCGGAAGGAAGACAAACCGAUGGAGGAACCCCAGAAUGUUUAUUUCCCCUUCUCCUACUUCCCUCUCGCAGAAAGUCUCAUGAGAGGGGAAAUUCCACUCACCAUCUGAAAACAAAAAACAAAAAUCAAACCACCCCAAA